UAUGGUUGAAAAAAUUGAACCUCUCUAUACUCUACUUGUCACAUGAUUUGGCCUUAAAAUCUGGGUCCUUCUUAACUGCUCUUAAUUUACCUCACUGACCUCUCCUUAUUGUGUUUCACUACUUAAGAUCUUGAUUUCCAUACAUGUUACUAAUAGCAUAGCUUACUGUAUAACCACAAUAAUCAAUAGUAACAAAUGUAUGUACACUAUUUGUGAUGAACACAAUCUUUAUAUAGACACACACAAUAAAUCUGCUCCGUUAAAACAAAAAAGUAACAGAUGUACGAAAAUAAUCCAAAGUUUGCAAGGAUGAUAGGUUUCCAACUUGGGCAAACGAAAUAUAUAUAUACCUCUACCUUAAAAGUAGGAUUAAUUACCGGACAAACUGGGUGAUCCAUUAGUAUGUAAUGGAAUAGAAAUCGAGGAAAUAUGGAAGUGAACAUAGAUAUUCUGGGAUAAGCGAAUGCAUUACAUGAAGGGCUUACAAAUAUAGUGAAGUAAGGGACACUAACAUGACCUUUCUUUUAGUUGGCUUCCCUAUCUAUUAGGUUCAACAUAGUACGUUAAGUUUAAAAUCUUGUACAUCCACAUGCGGCUCUAAACUCAACCAAUCAUUUCAUGUUUCUUUUUCUUUCUGCAAAAACAAUGCCUCGUUUUCUAACAUCUUACUGUUGGAAAAUGCUAAAUAUGGCAGAAAAGAGAAAUGAAUUUCAGCAAAUUUUACUACAAAAACUGAGUUCCAAGAGAAGAGUUUAUUUGGUUUUUCUUUUUCGUUUUCAUUCACUUUGUUUGAAAUAAAAAUUGAAGAAGCAUCAAUAAGAGAGUGGAGAGGCAAUGAGCUCAGAUACCAAAGCAAGACCAACUAUGUCCCCAAAUGAGUUUUGAGGAAAACAAUGCACUAACACAUGGUGGCAUCUGCUUAUAGCGUGGAAAAAUCAUACAAUGCCCCCCUUUUCAAAUUCACUUCAAUAACAUUAUAGUACUAGUGUAGUUACUAAUAAUGCACACAGAACCCCGAGGUGAAAGAUGCUGGAGUUGUUUCAAAUCUUUAAUAAUAAUUAUUGUUGCCUCUUUCUUUUGUCUCUUCUUUUCUUGCUUCCUUGCAAAGCUAGAUUCUGCUACUACUUACUAUAUUGAAUAGCGUUUAAGCAAACACAUAAUAUCCAGUUUGAGUGAAUCCUAAAAAAACAAGUCUUCUCUAAGAGUGAGCCCAAUGCAUUUCACCUAAGUAGAUAUUGAUUUUGGAAGUUGAUGCCAUAUUGCAAAUGCCAAUGUCGAGGCAAUUCUUGAACCUCCCAAAUCACCUCUAUCUUCUUGUCUUCCUCACCUUUCUACUAUUACAACAUGAUUUUACUAAUGCUUCCAAUAAUGAAGUUGAUGUGCUGCUUUCUUGGCUUCAUUCUAGCACUUCACCAAUUCAUCCAGCAUUCUCAAACUGGAAUCCUUUAGACUCCAACCCUUGUAAAUGGUCUCAUAUUGUUUGUUCUUCUCAUCUUUUUGUUACAGAAAUUGAUAUUCAGUCCAUUCAGAUGACUCUUCCUUUUCCUUCCAAUCUUUCCUCUUUACAAUCCCUUCAAAAACUAACCAUUUCUGGUGCUAAUCUCACUGGAACCAUCCCAAAUGACAUCGGAGAUUGCAUUUCACUUGUAACACUUGAUGUCAGUUCAAAUGGUCUUGUUGGUAGCAUACCGAAAACUAUUGGUCAGUUGACAAAUCUUGAGGAUUUGAUCUUGAACUCUAACCAGUUAACAGGUGAAAUCCCAGCAGAGGUUGGUCAUUGCAUUAACCUGAAAAAUCUUAUUAUCUUUGACAACAUGCUUAGUGGGAAUCUUCCUACUGAACUGGGAAAACUUGGAGUUUUAGAAUCUAUAAGAGCAGGAGGGAACAAAGAUAUCAGUGGGAAAAUUCCAAAUGAGCUUGGGAAUUGCAAGAACUUGUUAGUGUUAGGACUUGCUGACACAAAAAUUUCAGGUUCUCUUCCUCCAUCAUUGGGAAAUCUUAGUAAGCUUCAAGUGUUGUCUAUUUAUACAACAAUGCUUUCUGGCCAAAUACCUCCAGAAAUAGGCAACUGUUCAGAGCUAGUUGACUUGUAUUUAUACCAAAAUAGUCUGUCAGGUUCACUGCCAGCAGAGCUAGGAAAGCUUCAGAAAGUAGAAAAGAUGCUAUUUUGGCAAAAUAAUCUUGAUGGGCCAAUUCCUGAUGCAAUUGGGAAUUGCAAAAGUUUGGUCAUUCUUGAUCUUUCUUUGAAUUUUUUAAGUGGAAGCAUCCCUUGGUCUUUUGGGAACCUUACUAAUCUCCAAGAGUUGAUGAUUAGUAAUAACAACAUUUCUGGUUCAAUCCCAUCUGUUCUUUCUAAUGCCACAAACCUGUUACAGUUGCAGAUGGACACUAAUCAAAUUUCAGGCUCGAUUCCUCCGGAAAUGGGGCAGUUGAAGGAGUUAAAUGUAUUCUUUGCUUGGCAGAACAAGCUUGAAGGAAGCAUUCCUCCUGCAUUGGCUGGUUGCAAAAGCCUCCAAGCUUUGGAUUUAUCGCACAAUUCUCUCACUGGUAGCUUACCUCCUGACCUUUUUCAGUUAACUAAUUUAACCAAGCUUCUGUUGAUUUCGAAUGAUCUUUCUGGUUUUAUCCCACCUGAGAUAGGUAAUUGUAGCUCUCUUAUUCGUAUACGACUUGUUGGCAAUAAGCUUACCGGACAAAUUCCAAGAGAAAUAGGAUUUCUUGACAACCUUAGUUUUCUUGACUUCUCCGAGAACCACCUUAAAGGAUCAGUUCCUGCGGAGAUUGGCAAUUGUAAGGCACUGCAAAUGCUGAAUCUAUCUAAUAACACUCUAAGUGGGAAUUUACCUAGCUCUCUUUCUUCUCUCAGUAGGCUAGAGGUUUUGGAUGUUUCCUUGAAUCAGUUUAACGGUCAGAUUCCAGCUAGCUAUGGUCAACUUACUUCCCUUAACCGACUUGUUCUUAGUAAGAAUGCCUUGUCUGGACCGAUUCCCUCAACUCUGGGAAAUUGUUCAAGCCUCCAAUUGCUUGAUCUAAGCGGGAAUGAGCUGUCAGGGAACAUGCCAGUGGAAUUGUUUGACAUUCAGGCCCUUGACAUUGCCUUGAAUUUAAGCUGGAAUCUGUUGAGUGGGGUAAUCCCACCACAGAUAUCUGACUUGAACAAACUUUCAGUACUAGACCUUUCCCACAACCAGCUUGGAGGAGACUUAUUGGCUCUUUCGGGGAUGGAAACUCUGGUCUCCUUGAAUGUUUCCUACAACAAUUUCACCGGCUACCUCCCUGACACCAAGUUGUUCAGGCAAUUAUCAGCAGCGGAGCUGGCAGGCAACAAAGGUUUGUGCUCAUUGGGACAUAAUUCUUGUUUCUUGAGCAAUGCUGAAGGCGGGAGUAAUAGAAAUGUAAGACGGUCAUGGAGGCUGAAAUUAGCAAUUGCACUGCUUUCUGUGGUGACUAUAGCCUUGGCAAUCCUUGGAAUGCUGGCAGUUUACAGAGUGAGAAAAAUGAGCAAAGAAGAUAAUGAUUCUGAAUUGGGAGGAGGGGAUUCAUCAGCUUGGAAGUUUACUCCAUUCCAGAAGUUGAAUUUUUCUGUUGAACAAAUUUUGAGAUGCCUAGUGGAAUCUAAUGUGAUUGGAAAGGGAUGCUCCGGGGUUGUUUAUCGUGCACAACUUGAAAAUGGUGAAGCAAUUGCAGUCAAGAAGCUAUGGCCAACCGCAUUGGCAAGCCAAAAUUUUAAGUCAGGAGGAGAUAGUGUAGGAGUUCGAGAUUCUUUCUCAACCGAGGUAAAAACCCUUGGCUCCAUCCGUCACAAGAACAUCGUUAAGUUCUUAGGUUGCUGCUGGAAUCAGAACACUAAGUUGCUCAUGUAUGACUACAUGCCUAAUGGAAGCUUAGGCAGUGUUCUACAUGAACGAAGGGGUGGAUGUGUGGAGUGGGAGUUGAGAUACAAGAUUGUCCUUGGUGCAGCUCAGGGGCUUGCUUAUUUACACCAUGAUUGUACACCUCCAAUUGUUCAUAGGGAUAUCAAGGCCAACAACAUUCUCAUCGGCCUUGACUUUGAGCCUUACAUUGCAGAUUUUGGUAUAGCCAAACUUGUCGAUGAUGGAGAUUUUGCUCGAUCCUCCAAUACAGUAGCUGGCUCGUAUGGAUACAUAGCACCAGAGUAUGGAUACAUGAUGAAGAUAACAGAGAAAAGUGAUGUUUAUAGCUUUGGAGUAGUUGUCUUGGAGGUGUUGACAGGAAAGCAACCAAUUGAUCCUACCAUACCAGAUGGUCUACACAUUGUGGAUUGGGUAAGGCAGAAAAGAGGCAAUGUUGAAGUCUUGGAUGUAAGCUUACAUGCUCGGCCCGAAUCAGAAAUUGAAGAGAUGAUGCAGACCAUAGGAGUAGCUAUCUUAUGUGUUAAUCCAACUCCAGAUGAUAGACCAACAAUGAAGGAUGUCGCAGCAAUGCUCAAAGAGAUAAGACAUGAGAGAGAGGAGUAUCAGAAAGUUGAUAUGCUCCUUAAAGAUGGAGAGAAAUUAGGCAAUGACACUAAGAGUACUAGUGAUGGAGGGCCUUCUUCAAAGAUACAUAGCUUCUACUUGCAAAGCAAUAAUACAAGCUUUUCUGCAUCUUCAUUGUUACAUUCUUCUUCCUCCAACACCAAGAUUGGCUUCAAAUAGACAUCUCACUCACUAGUUUUCAAGUCAUUAGUUUGUUUCUUUCUUAUAGGAUUUUUUUUUUUUUUUUUAACUCCCCCUCACUAGUUAUGUCUCUCCUUGAAAUUUGUUUACUGUGAAUUUAUGGUCUUUACUAAUGACCAGAAAUUUGUAAAAAGAAGUCCUGAACCAUCUUCUUUCUG